GGCCGUUCAAGCAACGUGUGUGUGUGUAGGCGUGCAUCGCCUUACACUUGACACGCUGGUGGAUUGACUGUGUGCAAUAGGUAGUGUUUCACGUACGUCUGGUAGUGUUUCACGUACGUUUGGUAGUGCAUCGGUGCAUUGUACUGCAUGGUAAUAUUGUGUUCUGAGUAGUCAGUGUGUUUUUAAUAGAAGUAUAUAUAUAUAUAUAUAUAAAUCGUCCAUGCAUUGUUCAAAUAAGUAUAUAAUCACGUGCAACUAUUCGCGAUGGAAAUAUAAGACCCAAUGAUUAGUUUCAAUGCAGCGUUAAUUCGACUAAAACAAAUACAUGACAAAAUUACCAGACUUAUUUUAGUGCAUAGGUGAUGCGUUCAUUAAGUUAGAUCAAUACAGUGUGCGUAAAUGAAUGUUACAAACAAAGCCUGCACAACAUACGGCCCGCGGCCAUUACCCACUUUGCGUUCCCAUCUGUAACGAAAUUUCCUUUUUGUCAUUUUUUUUUAAAAGCUCCCCCCCCCCCCCCAUCAAAAAAAAAAAAAUCCGCUUUCUUUUCUAUCCGCACAAGUUUAUCAUCAAGUAUAACGGCCUGCCUUACAAUUUGAGCUGUGCAGGCCUGUUUGUGGGUUAUUAUGAAUAGGCCUACAAAUCGCUAAUUCACAGGGGCGAAGAAUUUGGGGUAAUAAACUUUGGAGUAAGCUCGGCUCAUCUUGAGGAAUUGCCUGGAAAUAUCCGGGGCGCCUAACUUUAAUGUCCUACUUGUUAAGUGUCCACAGGGGCUAUAGGAAAUAUAUCUUUAUGAGCCUAAAGGUGCCAGCCACUCAUUCAUUAUUUUAUCAAUUGACACCUUUUGUGUUUUCCCCUAUUUCCCUUAUUGUUUCCCCUAAAGCAAUGAAAAGGACACCGCCAACAAAAUAAUAAUACAUUUAUACAUUUUUAAAUAGCAUUGUGCCCGAGUUCUGCCAACACGAGGACCUUGAAUAUGACAGUGUUUGAGUUUUAAGAAUUGUUCACUAAGCCUAUGAUAAAAACUAUACUUUCUACCAUAUUGAGAGGUAUACUACUAGGUAACCCAUGGUACAUGAGGGUUUGAGACACGCGUAAUGCGCUGGGCAUCAAUGCCCUGAGUGACGUUCUUGCGUGCCGCUUCGCGGACCUCCCAGCAUUUGGACAGGGUGUCGGUGUUGUAAAGCUAUGUCGACUUUAUCGCUACUGUUUAUCAUUCUGUUUAAGACAUUUGAUGUGGUUCUUUUUUUUUUUUUGUUCAACUCAAACCUCCACCUAAUAUUUUUUAGACAUGUCUAAAAGUUCAUCGUAUUCCCUAAGUUCUCUGAGGUAGAAAAAAAGCCCAAGGGCUUACCACUUGCGCUGAGUGUUUUCAUAUGUGUCUACAUAUUUUUAAAUCUCUUUAAAUCACCACACGGUAAAACUCGUGCAUUCUUUAUGUUCUCUUAUCUGGAUAUUUUUUUUUUAAAAAACCUCUUUAAAAGAAUUGAAUGACAAUUUAAGGUAUAAAGUGUUAGUACUUAAAUCUAUGGGCAUACUAAAGCAACUUCUGGACACUGGACACAGGACACCAGCCAACAGCUGUACAACUAAGGCCACCUUUUUUUAAACAAAAUGUUGUAUGGAGGAAUGCGCUCGUUACGGAACACGGAUCUUUUCAAUGUGGACUACCCGCAGGUAAAAACCCAACUUUAUCUCGGUGAAAUGAAUGGAUUUCCCUCAACGUGAAUAAUUUUGAGCAUUAAAAAACAACAACUAAUGAACAGAAUAAUAAUAGGAGAGACGUGGCUUACUGCAUACUAUCAAGGAGUGUGUUCUUUGUAUUCUCUCUCAAUACUUCUAGCGUAUUCUUACAGAUGUGGUGUGCCACUGAACUGAGUCAUUACAUUUUUAUGACACCGGAGUGUGUUUUGACAAUCUUCUCAAUACUGUUGAUGAGGCCAAUCUCAUGAUGAACACAUUGGAAACGGACCCUGCAGGGAGCCUUUUUGUGUAUCUGAAUUAAGCAUUUCGUGAUGGUGAAUUGUUACUUUUAGAAAUUAAAUGAACUAAAUAACUUUUAUAUGACUCGCGUUCGGCGUAGUGAAUUAUUUCGUUAAUAGUUAAAAUAAGUUCGUGGAUGAUCUAUAAUUAGAAUGACGUGUGCAAAUAAAAAUAUGAGCCCCUCGCAGAGAGAAAACCUCUCGACGGAAGAUGCUGCCAGUGUCAAUGGCGACAGGGGCGUCGUGGCCAAGAGUGGCGGUCUCGAUAAAUCAGAUUUUAAUCUUCAGCUGUUUCCAUGCAAGGGGCAAUCAGGAGGCAACCCCCGUCUCGUGUAUCAAGAGUUAUCAAAAAUAACGCACAAACUGGUCGCGGUGGUGGCGGUACUUUGCUUCCUGGUCGUCGGGCUGCUGCUGAGCAACAUCCACCUACAGAUGAGGGUCAGGGAGUUCGAGGAGAUGGUAAUCAGAAUGCGGCCUGAGCUAGUCCUCCAUCCACAGGUAUGUCUGACAGCUGUUGUCACUUUGUCCAUUGCAUGUGAAUUUUUUUUUUUCUUGCACCAUCCAUGAAUAUUUUUACAUUGAGAAUGACAGCAAUGUUCAGCAACAACACGCGUUACCAAAGCCUCGCUACCUUUGGGUGUCUUGUUCUGUUAAAUUUGUGAGCUUCCUCUUUACUACCAGUCUCGACAAACUGUGUGUCCAAGAAAUAACAUAAUGUAUACAUCUACAAAACCACGGAAUUUGAAGUUAAACAAAUAUGUUUAAGGGUAUAAAUUAUUAUUUUUUAAAAUUGUUUUGCACAUUUUUUUGUCUAUAUCUCAUUUAGUUGAAGAUGUUGGUAUUAUAUUUUUAGUUUGGUUUUCACCAUAUAUGUCUAUUCUAGUAAAUAGGUCACUAGGCUUAUUAUUAAAACACUAGUGCAGACCUCAAAAUUUAACUUAAAUUCAUUUGUGUUUGCUGGAUGUUUGUUUCGGUAUUUUUUAUUUUUUUUUAUUUUGGACCGUUUAGAGUUUUUUUGUUUUUUUUACAUAUUUCUUCCUUCGAUCUUCUUCUUCUUCUAUAUCUUAAGGGCCCACGAUCAAUUUAUUGAUCAUUUUGGCUCCUAUGCAUGUAGAUGGGAUUUGCAAUGUUUCUGUUACUGGUGGUGAUGAGGAAAUUCCCAUGAUUAAUUAUUUAUGAACUCUAUACUCAUGAACAACAAUUCAUAUUCCCGGAUUCGUUAUUCGCAGUGAUAGAAGUUCAUUUACAGACUUGUUCAUUUGCUGCUUCAUUCUACAUCACAAGCCACCGUCAACAAAAGCUCUUACUUAAACUUUUUUUUUUUUUUUUUUUUUUUUUUUUUUUUACGAUUUAUUUGUUUUCUGUUAAAUUUUUUUUUUUUUUAUUUUUUUUUUUUUUUAUUUUUUUUUCUUUUUUUUUUUUUUAUUUUUUAUUUUUUCUUUUUUUUUUUUUUUUUGUGUUUUUUUUUUCAUUCAAAUCCACCUUUUAUUAAAAUUUUUUCUUUAAAUUUUUUUUUUUUUUUUUUUUUUUAUUUUUUAAUCACGAAUUAGUAGCUUUCCGUGAAAUUUUUUUUUAUUUUAAUUUUUUUUUUUUUAAAUGUUUCACGAGUAUUUUUUCUUAUAUUUUAACUUCGCAUUUUAACUUCGCAAACAAACAUUGGUCAUAUUUCUUAGACAUAUAUCAAUUGUUAUCAUACAAUCCGGCAUAUGAUUCGCAUACACACAUACAUGUUUCCCUUAAAUCCUACCAGAAAUCUCCAGCAACAGAGGCCGGCCAGGAAGCGACGUUUCCAGCGCGUGGCGGUCAGCACCAUGUUAACCCUCCGAUGGCUGGCCGGAUUACUUUGUGGUCGGGACAAAGCGGGCGUCGGAAGAGAAGUGCGCAAAUUUGUCCAACAUUUUCUGUUCGCGAGAUGGUGAACGAAUACUGCAAAGCUAAGAAAGGUAUUCGGAGUGAUUAG